AUGGCUUCAGUGACAAGUCUAGAUAAAGACUUGCGCAACAUGCGCCUGUCCAAAUACACUCCGCAGGCAGCGAACGAAGUACGCGAUUGGAUCGAGGAGGUUCUCCGUGAGAGACUACCAUCUGGAGAUCUACUAGAUGCACUCAAAAAUGGAGUUGCGCUGUGCCAAUUAGUGAACCUUGCUGUUUCCCCUGGCGUGAAAUUCAAAGAGUCGGCAAUGCCCUUCGUCCAGAUGGAAAACAUCUCUCACUUUCUGCACGCUUGCCAAAUGGCGCCUUUGAGCUUACCUCCCCAUGACGUUUUCCUCACCGUUGACCUAUACGAACGCAAAGACCCAGCGCAAGUUCUGCAGUGCAUAGCCGCAUUUAGUCGUCGUGCCAAUGCAAUUCAGCCCAGCAAAUUCCCGCGUCCUAUCGGUGGAGUCAAGAGUAAAGGUGGGUUGAUGAGUCCGCAAGGAACAGGACCCAGUUACGGCGUUGGCACUACCAGGUCUCGUGGCAUUAGCAAUGUGAGCCAGACCAGCUCGCCCACCUUUGAUCCAACCAAUAGGAAUAAUACAUCCGGACGCGUUAGCCCGCAUAAGACAGGACAGUCUCCGGCAUCCCCGCCACCAACCCUAAGCAGCUGGAGCAAGAAAUCAGAUGAAGGAACGACUGCGCCGGCGUGGAAUAUCCAUCAGUACGGAUACAUGGGCGGAGCAAGCCAGGGCAACCAAGGGGUAGCUUUUGGGGCUAGACGACAGAUUACAGCACCUAGCCCUGUCGUACCUAGUCUUAUAGAGAAGGAGAAAAGACGUCGUGAAGCUGAAUUGGAAGAAGAGCGUCAACGGCAAGAGGAAGAGUUGCGUAAACAGCAAGAAGAGCAGCGCGCUAGGGAAGAAGAGGAGCGUCGUUGGGCGGAAGAAACGGCACGUAUUAGAGAAAUGGAACGCCAGGAAAUUGAAAACGAGAAGAUACGAUGGGCUGAGGAGCAGAGGAAGUGGGAGGAAGAGGAACAACACCGGAUGAGGGAAGAGAAAGACGCUGCGGAGAGACUUGAACAGGAGCGAGCACGCAAGCGAGCGUCUAGCGAUGCCCGUCUGAAUGGCCAGUUCCUUAGCCAGUAUCAGGCGACGCAAAAGACGGAUGAAGAGUCAGCAGAAUCCCAACGUAUCAAACAGCUGGAAAGAGAGCUCGAACUGGCUCGAGAACGCGAGAGGAAAUAUGAGCAAGAAAGGCAAGAUCUCAAAGCCAAAGAAGCAGCACGUAAAGCUCGCUCGCGUAGCCGAAGCCGACCACGACCCGUUCAACCCAGCUAUGAUUUCACUUCCCAAGAAGAAGAGAGGAAACUCCUCCGAUCUGAGUGGAAACAGCAACAGAAGAAUGUUGCUCCCGUUGUUGAACAAGAAGAUACGCCGCCUGCUCUACCAUCCCGGCCGUUGCCAAACCCAGCGGAGGCCGCUUCGCCGCCAUCCCGACCUCUUCCCGACCCCUCCAAGUAUAGUGGUGGUAGAGACAGUAGAGUCGACCGCUUCCUUGCCUCUAACCCAGCGCCAGUACAAUCGCGACCAGUCGCUCACCGACCACAAGAUUACUCCACAACAUCUGAAGUCGAUGCCGAGAACGAUCGCCGAAUCGCCGCACAGGAAAAGACCAAAGCCGGUGGCUGGGCUUCAAAGUCACUUCUUGAACGCGAAAUGGAGCGCGAGCGCGAACGCCAACGCGAAUGGGAGGAGAACCAGAAACGGACCGCUGAUGCAGCGAAGCGUGGUGUUGGGUCUGGCACAGGCAGUGGCCCUGGCCAAGGUGCAUGGGAUGUGCAUCAAUACGGCUAUAUGGGCGGCGAUAGUCAGAAUCGCGGAGGUAAUGGACUUGGUGUGUCAGGACCUAGGCGACAGAUUAUAGGACCUCGUCCUCCGCCAUAG